AGAAGGGAGGGAGAGGGAACACAACCCAAAAAUCCCCGACCUGUCCGCCCGUCCGAGGAAGACGAACCCCCCAAAUCGCCAACCUCGAUCCAUCGAUCGGCCAAACCCUAACCCCGACCACCCAAACCCCCAAUCCCGGCCGGCGACGAUGGCCGCCGGCAACUUCCGCUUCCCCGACUUCGCCCUCCUCGACCCGAUCACCUGCAUCCGCGACCUCCGCAACGCAACCACCGCGUGGGCCUUGACCACGGCGGGCCUCACCAUUCAGGUCUCCUUGGCGGCGGCCGCCCCGCCGCGCCUCUCCCACUUCUGCGUCUGGUGCCCCGGCCGCGACAAGACCACCUUCGCUUACGUGCCCGAUGUCUUCUGCUCCGCGGGGGACCACGCCCUCAUCCGGGUCGGCUUCACCACCGGCGACUCGACGGAUCACUACAUCGUCUACCGGGCCAGGGGGCCCGACGGCCGGCCGUCGCUUGACCUGCUCCCGGACUUCGAUGAUUAUUCCGACGCAGAGAGUCUGCUGCUGCCCUACGGUUUCGUCUCCCACCGCAAGCACUUGGUCAUAGCGGCCCUGAGCGACGGACCGACGGAGUGGCAGUACUAUCUCCACACCCUCAGCUGCGAGCCGCACUCCACGUGGUCCAAGAAGCUGCUGCGGGUGGAGUUCCUGAUCUGCGACGUGCUCGAUCCCGGGGUGGCGGCGUUGCACUUCGUCCCGAUGCCCAAGCUGCUGCCCAGCAACAAUCAACUCUACGACAAUGAAUCUCGCGCGAGGGCGAUUCGCGACGUCACCUUCAGCCGUGGCUACAUCAGGUGCGUCGAGUUUGAGGAGCUGGUAGAAUGCAGAGCCACAACUGUGCCGGCUGUUCCUGAUCCCUGGGACAUGGAUGAGCUCCAAGACUCGGAAUCGGCCGAUGAUCCGCCCCAGGAGGAGGAGGAAGAUGUUGUCGUUGGUUGGAGGCUCAUCACAUGGUAUAGGGCAUUGACUUGGAACUGUUGGCGCAAGGGGUACACGGUUCAUUCCGACGAGCUCGGCAUUGUCUCCUUGCCUCAGAUUAUUGGAGGUGCUGGUGCCUGUGCUCUAAAAGUGCCACUCAAGGACCUGAAAGCAGCUGCUCCUACUCUCCGUGGCGACGGCGAUGUUGUUUACCUCGCGUGCGAACUGCACGAGCAGAACCAAAGAACAUGGAUUGUUGCUGUUGACACUAGGAGGAAGUUGGUGGGAGAGCUUUGUUCUGUAGAGGAAGUCUAUCUUUACGAUCCGAGCUACAUUCCAUAUGUGCUUACCGAAUAUUAUCUAGAUGAUAGAUCAGGUGGAGCUCAGGCACAUACGCUAAAUGCUUGUCAUCCCACCCCACAAAACUUAGAUGGGUCCCAGAAGAAGCGGCAGCGGCUUUCAUAAACAGAAUAAUCUGAAGCCUGAAGUGAUGAUAAUACAAGUCAUGCAUGGACUUUUGAGGAUCAGUGACGCCGCUUGUUCUGCUGUGUCCUCCGUUGAAACUUGAAACAUGUAUAUACCCAAGCUGAAAACAACAAGGCUACACCAACUGAACUUUACUUAGGGCUGUAGCUUGGGAACAUCUGGUCCGUCUCUUGUGAAGCAGUUAUCCAAGCUAAAGCAGAUAGAUUUGUGCCCAACAACAACAAUGCAAACUCAAGAAUGUGUGUUGUUCUCUGUCUGCUACUAGUGCCCCGUGUAGGUAUGUUGUUCAUAUGAUGUUUAGGCAGCUGAUCCUUGCACCGCGUUGUAACUAUGUACUUUGUUUUUUGUGUUUGUUACCUUGGCAGGAUGUAUUUGCCCCUCGGGCUGUUUAGGUUUUUGAUCCGGUUCCCCACAUAAAGUAGA